UGGCAGGACAAUAUUUACGUGAUGUUGUAGGGCCUAUUUGUCAUCUCUUUUACCGAUCUGUUGGGGUAGUUUUGAUUGUGGUUGUGAUUUAUUUGUUGUGGUAGAUGACUCCGUAAACAUGUGUUUAUUGGGUAUUGUCAGUGAUUGAAUGUCAUAAAUCGAAAUUCACAGAACAAAUCAGUAUGCAAUGGCACGAAUUGUCUUACAAUACAAGUGGUAAUUCGCGUUUGAAUUUGUAAUGUUUACAGUCACCACGAGCUCUCAUGUGUAUGUGGGCUUAGUAGCAACCAUCGUUUUAUAUCAACGAGUGCUAAAGUCCUGACCAGUUAAUUUUAUUUCAUCAUUUUUAUGAGAAAGAAGUAGUUCAAGUGUGUACUGUACACGAAUACAGAGCCUACUUAUCAUUUGUAAAAUCUUACACGAGGAUGGCAGCAGCCAAAGAUAUUUUAAACUUUGGUGUUAUACAAAAAAGAUCAAAUAAAGACAUUAUUACUCCCCACAAAAUAGCCGUGGUGUCAUUAAUAAGAGAGUUUUGUCUGUUAAAGGCUAAAGCCCGAACAGAACAGCUGCUGAAGUACGAUGAUGGCAGCUUUUAUACUGUUGAACCACACCACAGGCGAGACUUCUGUAUGCUGGUAUUAAAGUUAAUUCAGUGUCCUGAUUUAGAAUUGAAUGAACUUCAGAGUAUAAUGUCAUCAGGCAAAUACACUUUGCUGACUGUUCAUAUACAGAAUUUUGAGAAGAAAUUACUAGAACUUCAUCAGAAAGGUGUGGGUAGUAUUCUUGACCUCAUACAGAGUUUGAGGCGUUUGAUAGUGGAACCUUCACAUAUAAUCCCACCAAUUGUACAUAAAAGCAGUAUCAUUGGUUUGUACAUACGGAGGAUUAUGGUAAUUUUUGACAAACUGUCAUUUUCUCAAGUUGUUGGAAUUUUUCAAGCCUUUAAGCUUUAUUAUGAAAGGAGCGUAACUAAGCAACCGCUCACUGUAGACACUGCGCAAGAGGGAAAACGGUCUGAAAGUGAUAUGGAUUUUAGUUUGUGUGAUAAUGAGAAACUGCCUGUUGAAGAACCAUCAAAACAGAUUCCAGGAAAUCAAUUGUCAAGUUUUGAUACUGGGGAGUGUGGCAGUGCUAAUCCUGAACGAGUGCGUUGGUCUAGGAGGCAGGCCGAAUUUUUCAUUGCCCAGCAAGCAUCCUUGAUGCAGACAAAUGAAGUGGCAGCACUUUCACCUCCAGAACUUCAGGAACGAAUCAGAGAACUGCUACGAGCCAAUCCUGAAUAUGCUGAAGCACGUUACCUAAGUUACCUGAACUGCUUACGCGUGAAGGAAUUCUGUGGUGCCAUUGAUAGUUUAUACCAUUGCUUCGACAGAAACUCACUCGUUUCAGACAGCAAAGGUAACAACCAAGAUGAGCUCAGCAGAGCAUUUCGCUAUGCAGCAUUGAAUUUGGCAAUACUUCAUGCACAUUUUGGACACAAGAAGGAAGCAUUAUUUGCUCUAAAGGAAGCAGUCAUGACAGCCCAUGAAGUUAAUGACAAUGUUUGCCUUCAGCAUGCCUUGGCAUGGUUGUAUAAGCUCAGCGAUCAGAAUAAGGAGAAAUUGAUGGAAAGGUCGAUAUCAAAAAGCGGUGAUUUGGGCCUCUGUUACCUUUCUUCACUUGGUAUUCAGUCUUUUGCCCAAUAUGCAGGAGUCACAGGUGGAAAGCCAGCUUUGGUUUUUGAUUUGUUGGUGAAGAGUGAUGCAUUAAACUGUCAGCAGUCCAUGAUUGAGCUCAUAACAAAUAGUUAUGCUCAGAAAGCUGCUUUAUGGUGUCUGUAUGGAAAAACAGAAAUGUCUUGUCUAUCUAGUCAGUUGCUACUGCGUCUCAAUACUGCAAAUCCAACGCAAGGAAUCCAUUCAUAUAAUGCUGAAGGCACUUGCCAGGCAAUUUGCAAUGUUGCAGAUAUACUCAUGGACCAGGGUGAAUAUCAUCUUGCAACAGUUGUUUUACUGAAUGCAAGAGAAAGGUUUCCACAUGAGCCAGUUUCCCAUUCAUGGAUGUUUUGUGAGCAGAUACUCUUCUUUACCAAAGCUAUGCACCAUGGAAAAUGGCAGGAAGCAGAACAUGCAGUAACAUGUCUGGCAGCCAUCAAUAAAUGCGAAAGUCAACUUAGGAAAGCUGAACUGUUCAUUGCUAUUGGUGACUACCCUGGGGCCGCUGCAUAUGUGCACAGUGUUUUGGAUUACUGCCGACAUCGAUCUGAGGCAGAAUGUGUAUGCCCGUCAUUGCGUGUGAGAGCUUUGAUUUUAGCGGCAGAACUACAGUCCUGUUGCGCAACUGCCACCAGUGCCCCAGCUGGAUCCAUCUCUCUUCUCACCACAGCACUUGCUCUAGCCAGAUUACAUUAUUUGGACUUCCUGGCUGCUCUAAUCUCUCUUCAUCUAGCAAACUUGCAGUUGCAGAUUGGUUUGCCUUCACAGGCAUUAAAAUUGAUUGAUCAGUCAUUUCUGCCAAUUCUCUCUCAUGGUGGCAGUUAUGAUCAAGGAAGGGCAUUACUGCUGUUUGCUAAAUGUAAAGUUGCUGCUGUUAGGCCAGCCCGGAAGAAAGUUGUAACUGAAGCUAUUCACAUGCUGAAUAAAGCAAAAAUAAAUUUUCAGAAGGUGGAAUCAUAUUGUAGAGUGAAAGAUGUACUUUAUUUACAGGCUUUGCUCUAUAAUGAAACUGGAUGUGUUGCAGAAAGAAAGAAGUGUGCUCUGGAAUUUCGGCAGCUGGAUGAACAGUACCCUACGAAAAUUAACACAACAUUGCUCACACGUUUAUAGUACUUGUAGAAAGAGCAGUUUCAUUCGUGGAUUUCAGGUCUAAUGUGGGAGGUGUACUGCUGAAGAAAAAAAGUUUGCUAUUUAAGGGACAGAUAUAGAGUGUGUGAAUAGAAUUGUGCCUGCUAUUUACAAUUUCUAUGAUCUAGUUUAAGCACAGGCUACUUUUGGAGCCCUAGUACUUAAUAAGAUAUUUACCAUAAUAUGUACUCAAGUAUGAAAAUAAUUCUGAAUGUUUUGGUGGUAUGUUAGGAACCAUCCACAAGGUUACAGAACAUCACAACCUAAAAAUUGUAGUUGACAUCUUCAUUACUAUGAGAAUAUAAAAGAAAAAAAUUUUCUAUUCUGUCAAGCAAAAUAAUGAGCACCAUCAAUUUGUUAAUGUUACUUAUGUGUAAAAUGUAUAAAUCAAGCUUAUCAUUACCUGCA